GCAGAUUGGAUAAUCGCAGAUCAUUAUCGUAUCGGUCCACUAACAUCCUACGUAUGUUUUUAUAUGCGAUUAGUGUUCGACCUAUACUCUCUGUAUCAAAAAAAGGGUACAAAAGAUUGUGCCGGAGUGGCGUUACACGUUUCCAUGAGAUUUUUCGAAAAACGGCUUUACAACACGUCUUCAUUACAGGACUCAUCUUAGGACGUCUUCAUAAUUAGUUACGUAACACCUGACGAAUCCCCCUAAGCCGGAACCCGUUCUAUCGAAUUUUGAAUUCUAAAAAAAUAGGAUGCAAUUCUCGUAUAUACGAAAUGGAAUAAACUUUAAAUGCUGAUUUUCAUUUUCUCCCACUUCCCGUAUCCGCUAAUAGUCCUUGCGGAUUUUACAAUCCAGUGAUAAUAUUGCCUGUUCCAGGAGGGCUGACUUACGACUGGCUAUGCUGAAUGCGUAUUAAAUAUAAUAUCACAUUAUUCGCUUCUAACUAAAAACACAGCUAGGGGUUUGGUGUCAAUGUAGGUAUGAACCUUCUCGUUGUUUCGUUCAGGUACAAAGGUUCUACUCCGAAAAGUCUUGGUGGUUUCCACACUUGCUUUCCUUUCCUUGUGUAUAAGUCGUUACUCUGACUAGAAUAACGACAUUCGAGGUAUACAUACAACAAGCAUAAUCCAUUAGUUCACAAAGCAACAAAGAUAUGAGAUUUACUGAUCCAUUGCCGCCAAACGAUGAACUUAAUAGAAUAGUUAUUACAUUCAUCCUCAAGUAUAUUCACAACGUCUGCUUUCGACAGUUCUAAAUGCCCCGAAAUCAACGUCAGUUUUACCAUCAAACGUUGCUUCAAACGGUUAGCCCCUCAGCACAAACAAAUUAUGUUCAAUUGGCAGGUGUUCAGUCGUGAUGGUAAUGAGGGUGGUUGCGUCACGCCAAAGAUAUCUUUAAUUGAACACCAUUAUACCUAGUGAUUUUACGAGACCGAUUACUUGGUUUCGUAACACGUUUGUGGUCUUUCUACAAACGGGCAGUUCUAUUUGAAUUUAAUCGCAAAAAAAAUUGAAACCCUCAAUCUGUGAUGAUAUCUGCGUUGUACUGAAGUUUUCGGAACGUUUGACUGUGAAGAAAGGUGGCAAGAGCGGUCACAGCAGCGGCGUGUCAGCGUAGAUUGAAUAACUCUUCUGUGCGCGAAAUGAACAGAUCCGAUUGGAAUACAGUCGGGAAGCUUCUUUGCUUGAUCCUUCAUAUUUUGACCCUGCCUCGUCGCCCUCUUUUGUGAAAUUUUCUUCCUGUGUGUGCACUAUUACGAUUGGACUGUCGCAACCAAAACGCCGUAGCUCUACAAGAACUGACACAACGCCAACGACACUGAUAGGCAGCUCACUUCCGAACGCACUAGACAACAAAAUUUGUUGCUCCUACUGCUAAGAUUACUACCGCCGAUUAAUAAGCCCUACCAAUAGACCAAUUGUCACAGCUCCGCCAUUAUAAUGACGCCGGCAACAUCAGCGGCACCGUAGUAGCCGAGGCCCACUGCUACCUUGAGUAAGAGAAAGAAGCCCGUAUUAGGCUAUGUACCGUACCGGCUAAGGGUGCUCAAAGAAUAACCGUACAGUAUCAUCGAAGGGACGGUGGAGUGUAAUAGUGUUCCAAAGUGGAAACAACCAGCCUUUGUAACACCGGAAAUAGCUCUGAUGCUGAAGUCUUCAUCUGCCGCUAUGAAAUUUUCACCCAUUGAGCCCUAGUCACCUUCAUAUCCGUGGAACUGACUCCCAUAUUACUUCAAAGCAAACCUUACAGCGCGUUCCGAUGGAUUUGCGCGUGUGCACUAGCCAAGGUGAUCUAAUACGCACUGAGGUUGGCUCAACUGAUAGCGAAAAAUGCCAGCUUCGAACGCCGGUGGUGCAAGUCGGAGGCAACGGCUGAAAAUUCGAGCAUAAACGCCUUUGAUUCGAAUCUUAUGGGCUUAAUAAGAUGGGUUUGGAAAACGAAAACGAAGUUUAUUCAAAAAUCCCAAGAGUACUUUUAAUUUUGACAGCAAAACAUUGCUCCAACGUAUUAGGUGCAUUCAUAAAAAUCUGCUGCGCUAUUGAUUUCGCCUAUUGAUCAUGGUCAAUCAAGCCACGACUGAGAAAACUAUCAAUUGUUCCGUUCAUGGCGCUAUGACGUUCUCUCAGCUGGCGGUGGCGAUCAUUGAUUCACUCGAGUUUCAACGACUUCGGUGGAUCGGUCAAGUUGGUGUAACCGACCAUGUCUACCCUACAGCGACCCAUUCCCGAUUCGAACAUUGCUUGGGAACGGCUCACCUAAGCAAGCUCUUUAUCUCGGAAAUCGCCCGCCGCCAACCUGAGUUGAAUGUUUCCGAGCGGGAAAUCCGUUGUAUUACACUUGCCGGUCUAUGUCAUGACCUUGGUCAUGGGCCAUUCUCACAUUUAUGGGAGAAAUUUUACAAGACAGCUGGCGAACAGGUUUACGGGAACAAGGAUAUUCAGUGGCACCACGAAAAAACGUCGGUACACAUCUUUCGGCAUCUAUUAAGGCGCAACCGGAUUCUCGAGCGUUUUCCAAACGAAAUUAAUGAGUCGGAUGUUUACAUGAUUGAAAACUUAAUUUUAGGCGAAGUUCCGAAUAAAACAACGCGCCGUUUCCUCUACCAGAUCGUAAAUAAUCCAGAUUCCAAAAUGGACGUUGACAAAUGGGACUAUUUUAUGCGUGACGCGCAAAAUCUUGGUAUUAAAAUUGACUUUGAGUACCAGCAUGUACUGCGAAAUCUCGAAGUACUUGAAUACGAGGGAAGUUUGCAUGUGUGCUUUCGUGACAAGUGCUACGACAUAAUACAACAGGCAUUUGAAAACCGUUUCAAACUGCAUAAAAGGGCCUACCAACAUCACAAAGUGAAAAUUAUGGAUGAAAUGUUGAUACAAGCUCUCCUUGAAUUGGAACGAGGUGGCAAACUCGAUGCCUGGGCAACAACUCACGCCAUAGCCUGUGAACAGCCAACGGGACCAGCCUUAAUGAAGUUUAUAGAGUUGAGCGACCCAGCAAUUAAAGUGGAACUCCGAAAGCAUUCCGAGAUUUAUCGCGCAAUGCUCGAACGUUCGACGAAUAUUCAUAUGUACCGUUACAUUGGGAAGUUAAGCUUUGGCGAACAGGUAAAACGCGAGUUCCUCGCUAGUCUACCAAAUUAUAGUCUGCGACCUCAGGACGUAAGCCUUCUUGAGAUUAAUAUCCACAUGGGCAAAGAAGGAGACAACCCUAUGAACCAGAUUUUGUUCUUUAGAAAAGGUUCUACUCGCCCAGAACUUCUUGCUUCAGACAGUCGCCAGUUAAGUCAAGAGCGAAAUUAUGUAGUUGCUUUAAGGUGUUCUGACGCCGACAUGCAGAAACGAGUAGAAAAUGCUCUACGCAACUUCCAAAAUGUUUUCUUCCAUAACGUUGAAAACGCUCCGAGGCAAGUACCCGAAUCCGACUAAUGAUUAAAGAUGAUACAAUACAAAAGUGAUACCGAAAGACGGAGGUACGCACAGAAAUCUGUAACCGUCUGUAGUACAAUCCGAACGGUUUACCAAUAGAUCAUGGCAGUGAAAGGUGUGGAUAACCGUGUGAAGUCCACGCUCAACUUUAAGUUCCACUUAUUGCUUACCCUUAGAGCAAGCUAACCAGUUGAUUCGAUUGAAAACCUUACUUACUUUUGGCUACAGGCAGAUGCUUUAAAUAUAUACUUCUUGAUCAAAGUAUCAGAGGUGGUGAUAUCUAAGUACAUGUCUGUUAUGUAGACGUUUAACGAGCAGAUGAGCAGUAAAAUAUUAUUAAUUCGUUCUGCUUUUUAUAUCAAAGCUAAUUGCUAUUCAAAUGUUAGCGCUGUGCUGUUGACGCGUGUGAAUGAACAAAAAGCAAGGCAUGCAAUGGACUUACGAUGUCGUAUGCACGAAAAACCGUAAAUAACAACAAAAAUAAGCAAAGCCAUAUAUAUA